GCUGCGCCCGCGCCCGCGCCCGGCUGCCGGGACCCCGCGCGCCCCAUGUCUUCCGCGCCGCUGCGCUCGCCCGCCCUGCGGCCCCACAGGAUUAAGAAGGACGAGUCGCUCCUGGGCAAGCUGGGCGGCACGCUGGCGAGGAGGAAGGCCAAGGAGGUGAGUGACUUGCAGGAAGAAGGGAAAAAUGCCAUCAACUUGCCGAUGUCCCCUGCCUCGGUGGAGAUCUACCCUGAAGACACCCUGCUCGAGGAGAACCAGGAGCGCGUGGUGAUCGACCCCACCUCCAGGGACGACCCCAGAUUCAGAGAGUUGGUCAAGGUUCUCAUCGACUGGGUCAACGACGUGCUGGUGGGGGAGAGAAUCAUCGUAAAGCAGCUGGAGGAGGACCUGUACGACGGGCAGGUGCUGCAGAACCUCCUGGAAAAACUGGCAGACUGCAAGCUGAACGUGGCCGAGGUGACUCAGUCCGAAAUAGGGCAGAAGCAGAAGCUACAGACUGUGCUUCAGGCGGUGCAGGAGCUGCUGCGGCCCCAUGGCCGGGCGCUCCAGUGGACCGUGGACACGAUUCACGGGAAGAACCUGGUGGCCAUCCUCCACCUCCUCGUGGCCCUGGCCAUGCACUUCCGGGCCCCGAUCCGCCUUCCCGAACACGUCUCCGUGCAGGUGGUGGUCAUACGGAAGCGGGAAGGCCUGCUGCACUCCAGCCACGUCACGGAGGAGCUGACCACGACCACCGAGAUGAUGAUGGGUCGGUUUGAGCGGGACGCCUUUGACACGCUGUUCGACCACGCCCCGGACAAGCUCAGUGUUGUGCGGAAGUCUCUCAUCACAUUUGUGAACAAGCACCUGAACAAGCUGAAUUUGGAGGUGACGGAACUAGAGACCCAGUUUGCAGACGGCGUGUACCUGGUUCUACUCAUGGGGCUCCUGGAAGGCUACUUUGUACCCCUGCACAACUUCUAUCUGACCCCGGACAGCUUCGAUCAGAAGGUCCACAACGUGUCAUUUGCCUUUGAGCUGAUGCUGGAUGGAGGCCUUAAGAAGCCCAAGGCUCGCCCCGAAGAUGUGGUGAACCUGGACCUCAAAUCCACCCUGCGGGUUCUUUACAACCUGUUCACCAAAUACAAGCACCUGGAGUGAUGGCCGGGGAGC